UGCAAGGAAGGAGACUUCUCUUACACACUGCAAAUCUGUUUGAGCGACAUUCGCCAGCUGCUUCUCUCUCCAUCUCUCAAAUGUCUGCAUCCCCAAAAAGCUGAGAGUGACGGAGGUUGCUUUGAUUGGGGGUAUCUUGUUGGAGGAACAUUUGAAAACAAAAAGUUAGAGAGAGAGAAGAGAGAGAGAGAGGAGGUCGAAACCUAUGGCUUUGUCCUCUGCGUUUCGUUUUGGGAAGGAUUUUGAUCGGUAAUGUUAAUCAUCCAUAAAUCGAAGCUUCUAGAGGAAGAAAAGAGAGAGAGUGGGUAGGGAAAGAACAAAAAAGGAUAGAGGGAGAGAGGGCGGAUAGAGGGAGAGAGGGCGAGUCACGUUUUAGGGGAUGGCUCUUUGCCCUAUGUUUUGUUGCAGAGGGGGUUGGAAUCGGAAACAACAGGGGAAGAAGCAGUCGACAUGGAGGGUUUUUUCUUUAAAGGAAUUGCAUGCGGCAACAAACAAUUUUAAUUAUGACAACAAGCUUGGAGAAGGUGGAUUUGGCAGCGUCUACUGGGGUCAGCUAUGGGACGGAUCUCAAAUUGCAGUUAAGAGGUUGAAGGUUUGGAGCAACAAAGCAGAGAUGGAAUUUGCUGUUGAGGUUGAGAUAUUGGCACGCGUACGGCACAAGAAUCUGCUUAGCUUACGUGGCUAUUGUGCUGAAGGGCAAGAGCGUCUAAUUGUUUAUGAUUAUAUGCCUAAUCUGAGCUUGCUCUCUCAUCUUCAUGGACAGCACUCAGCAGAAUGCCUUCUUGAUUGGAAACGACGGAUGGAUAUUGCACUUGGGUCUGCUGAGGGAAUUGCCUAUCUUCACCACCAUGCAACUCCACACAUAAUCCACAGAGACAUUAAAGCAAGCAAUGUAUUACUAGAUUCAAAGUUCCAAGCUAUGGUUGCUGAUUUUGGAUUUGCAAAGCUAAUACCUGAUGGUGCAACACACGUGACCACCAGAGUCAAGGGUACUCUUGGCUACCUUGCCCCAGAAUAUGCAAUGUUAGGAAAGGCAUCAGAGAGCUGCGAUGUCUACAGUUUUGGCAUUCUCUUACUAGAGCUUGCUAGUGGCAAGAAACCCCUUGAGAAGCUUAGUGCGACGAUGAAACGCACAAUCACUGACUGGGCUCUGCCAUUGGCGUGCGAAAAGAAGUUUAGUGAACUUGCAGACCCGAGGCUUAAUGGGAAGUAUGUGGAGGAAGAGUUGAAAAGAAUUGUACUUGUUGCCCUCAUCUGUGCCCAUAGUCUACCUGAGAAGAGACCUACAAUGCUCGAGGUGGUGGACCUACUGAAGGGAGACUCCAAAGAGAAGUUUGCUGUUCUAGAAAAUGACGAGUUGUUCAAAAGUCCUCAAGCUGCAGAUUACAAUGAUGGGUUAUCUGGUGCAGAGGACAGCUCAGACUUUAUCAAAGAGGAAAAAGAUCCAAAAAAUGAAUUGAAAGAGUCCGAUGGUGACCCUGAAAUUAAACAUGGAGACUGAACCUACCGGUUGUGAGAUUAGUGGAUGCUAUAUAAUAUUGAUUGGAGUUAAGUUGGGUUCUAAAUACGUCGGUCAAGGUGACACAGAAUGUCCUUCUAUAGGAAUGGCAGAGGAAAAAGCUGCCUACUUUAUUUAAAACACUGCUUGUGUCUGUUGUGAGAAUUUUAUGUGUGGAUGUUGCUCUUGUAUUUGUCGCCCUUUUUUGUUUUCGGAGUUUUCAAGACUUCUUUUGGUCUUUGUUUGAUGGUUUCAGAAUUCAGAUGUCUUCAUUUAGGUCUUAGCAGUGGAAGUGGAAGUUAAAGUGUAUCGUCCUAGCCUGGUAAUGUUGUGUACUAUAUAUUAUUUCUUGGAAAGUCGUUUCAUUUGUUGUGCA